GUCAUGGUUACCAUGGAGAGGCCAGCUCCGUAGAGACCCCGGGCUGACGGCGGCUUAGAAGCCUUGUCCUCUGGCAACCAUGAGCGGCCGUAGUAGGGGUCGAAGGUCUUCCCGCGCCAAAAGCCGGGGCAAAGGCCGGGCCAGAGCCCGGGUCCGGACCGCGGCGGACGACGCCUGGCACGACGAAAAGCGGCCGCAGAGUCCGGAGCUCGAGGAAGACGCCGCGGCCGCGCAGGUGCAGGCCGGCGCUGCUCAGGGAGGCUCGGAAGCGGCCGAGCCCGGGGAAGAGGCGGCCUGCCGCCUCCCGCUGGACUGCGGCCUGGCGCUGCGGGCUCGGGCUGCGGGUGAGCGCGAGCUGGCGGCCCCUGAUCCGAGCCUGGAGAGGGCCACAGCCCUCGCCGAGCGCCUGACCAGCGACACCUGCUUCGUAGGAACCGUGGGAGCCUUGGCGAAGCUGCGACGCGGCUCCCGCAUUGGAAAUCGGCGAGUUCCCGGGAGAAAGGCCCCAGACACUCGGAGCGCCCCGGGGAGGGGACCUCAGGCCACAGUCAGUGGGAAGCCAAAGAUGGGCUCUGCGGGGCCCUGCGCCGCUGCCCCAGUGGGGGAGGAAAAAAAGGUGACAGAGAAGCAUGCUGGGUCAGGGACCCCUAUGCUAGUAGGGAGCAUGGAUACCCUGGAGACGGUCCAGCUAAAGCUGGAGACCAUGAAUGCACAGGCCGACAGGGCGUAUCUCAGGCUUUCCCGCAAGUUUGGCCAGUUGCGACUUCACCACUUAGAGCGCCGGAACCUCCUCAUUCAGAGCAUCCCGGGGUUCUGGGGGCAAGCUUUUCAGAACCAUCCCCAGCUGUCAACUUUUCUGAAUACCAAAGAUAAGGAGGUAUUGAGCUAUUUGAACAGACUGGAGGUGGAAGAGCUUGGCCUUGCCAGAUUGGGCUACAAAAUCAAGUUCUACUUUAGCCGAAACCCCUAUUUCCAAAAUAAGGUGCUCAUCAAGGAAUAUGGGUGUGGUCCAUCCGGUCAAGUGGUGUCUCGCUCAGCUCCAAUCCAGUGGCUCCCAGGUCAUGAUCUACAGUCCCUAAGCAAGGAAAACCCCGAAAACAACGGUAGCUUCUUUGGAUGGUUUUCGAACCACAGCUCUAUUGAGUCUGACAAGAUUGUUGAGAUAAUCAAUGAAGACCUGUGGCCCAAUCCUCUACAGUACUACCUGAUCAGCGAAGAAGCCCGUGGAGAGAAAGGAAAGGAAGAAAGGCCAGGUCCAGCAAAACAGCCAGCUGAGCGCCCCGAGCCUCCAGUGAGGCAGCCCAACUGAUCCAGAGCACGGAUCUCCCUACCACCUGCUGCUGGACUCCUUAGGCUAACCACGUGGGUUUGGUUGUCUGCCUGCCUUCUGUUAUACCGUCUUACGUACACAGUAGCCACUUUGGACUUAUCUUCAAGAAUGUGACAUUUGUGAUAAUAUUCUUCGCUUCCCUAUGGCCUCACCUUGUCACAACAGUGUUCGUGUGUGACGCUUACUGCUUGUGUAUCAAUCACUUCUGAUGUAUGCAGCUUUUCUCUAUACUAUCCAGUCCCUGUUCUUAGCUCUGGCCCUUCCCACUUAUCUUUCACGAGGACAUUCUGAGUCAUUGUCCAGAUGGAUAUUCAAGUUGCGCGACUUCAUGGCCAGUCAGCUGGGCUUUGUGUCCAUUUUAGCCAUGCAUGUUAUCAAUGGCAAGAUUUUCCAUUGCCAUCUCAAAAUGCAGCCAGUGAUUGUAUUCUGUGGAUAUGGAGACAUCAACCAAGGCUCUUCCUAUUUUAUUUCCAACUUCAACCUAGGGUCCAGCAAACCACUGGGUGUGGAUGAGGACAAGGGCAAACAGGAGUAUGUUCUGUUCACAUCGUGCGUGUCUUCUUGCCUUGGAGACAGUCUACUAGUGAACUUUCAUCAAAGUCUGGCCGUGCCUGGUCGCAGUCAGUCCAUUGACUUUUGGCUAGGUCAAUGUUAUCGGCUCCAUCUUGUUUUUCAAAGACCUCAAGAACUGCCUAUGGACCUAGGCACCUUCCCAGCGCAUGAGCUACAAAUGUACCUUCCCCAGACUUUAGGAAACCUACUGGUUGUCAGACUGGUGGGCAGCCUGGUAUUUGUGAAUGUAUGCUUGUUGCUCUCAUGUUGUGAGCCCUGAGAAGGGUAGAGCUUUGGACCACAGGUUUAUCAACUGGGUAUCUGUGCCAUUUUCCUUAUUCUUUAUUCCUUGCUAAGAAGGGACAAGAAAGGAUGCUGAGGAAGAGAGAUGCUUCAUUUCUAUGCCCGUGUUUACUUCACACCUCCAUGCAACUUAGCCUCCUUCCCUAUCAACCUACCUCUGAACUUCCUCCUCUCCUUGUGAACCCUCUCCCAGCCUUUUAAAAUAGCAUCACAGCAUGGACAAGAAAAAAAAAUCAUCAACUAGACUUUCUACGUACAGCUAGGGAGGCAGAAAGGGGUUUCCUUUGCACACUCAUGUAGUAGGCUGAGAUACGGUAAAGAAAAUUCAGAAGGCCUCGAGAGAGUCUAUGGUCAGACAUAGGUUCUGGGCUUGUUCUGUAGUUCUAAAGUUGUAUGCAUUUGCUAGAAUUAGAAAGGCAGCAGUGUUGUGGUCUCUUGUAUCUUCUGUCUGUUCCUUUUUAAGACCCAGAGGCUUCUUCCUUUUGUCUCACUUGGUAGCCUAUGUCACUGGAGUCCCCGUCCCCAGCUUUCCCUCUCAGUAGUCCUUUGCUGUCUUUGUUUUUUAGGCUAAAAGUACUCACUAUGAGAGAAUCCUGAGGUGUUCCUGGGGACAGGACAGGCAGAACCUGUUCUAGAUAUUUCUGGUGAGUAUUCAGGCUGAGCUGGACCCUCUCUAUCAACGUUUGCCUGUGUUCUGACUUAUGUUCUAUGGAAAGUAAAACUCUAAGUCAGUUACCAUUCUGGUAUGGAAAACUUCAUUCUAGCCUUUGUGAAGGUGUCCUUUACUUAGGGGUAAGGAGAUAAUAGGCAAGGAAAUCAGGGCAAGAUAGGUAUGAACCUGGUAUUGAGUGGGUCAGUAAAAACUUGAUGGGAAUGCCUUGUGAAGCUGCAGAGAUAGUGGUUCUGUCUCUCAGUGAUGAAGGUGACAGAAGAGACCUUACUCAGGGUUGGGAAGGGAGAGUUAAUGGGGUUGUUGUAAACAAGAUGCCUGGGCAGGAUGGAUUCAGAGUUCUGGGCAGUCUUCAUCAUCAUUAGUGGAGGUUUCUGUUUGUUUGUUUUUAUUACAGAAACAAACCAAAAGUAAUGUUACUAUAUUGGAUAGAAGGUGCAUCCUAGUGUGUGUAAGAUUAUGCUAAACGCUGUGUAUUUGGCCUCUAAGUAAAAUCUUACCACUUUUUGUUUUUUGCCUAAUGAGGAAAAUAAGAGCACUAUAAGUUUGCUUUUGCUCUUUAUUAUGUAAAUUUACAAAAAUAGGAGUGGUCCCCGGGGACCCUGUGUGCUUUCUACCUAGAAGCAAUGAGCAACCCAAUGCCAUCUGUAGCUUCUUCCUCCUGCAUCUUUAGUGUAAGUCCAAGGUAGUAUGCCAGUGCAUCUGGAUGUGCUUUGGGAGACUGGGGCACUGGGUGACGUGUGCCACAGCUACAAAAGAAGAGACCAUUCUGUUGUAAAUCUGCCUAUGACCCUUUUGAAAAGGCACGUGAGACCUUUUCUUCCACGUAACAUAGAGACCUGUGUGGACUACUAGAGCUGCUGUGUUCUGUGAAAAUAAUCCAAUACAAUAUAAUCUUUUCACUGGUUAUUGUAGUUGAUAAUUUGAUAUCCUGGUAAUAAUGUGAUUAUUUCCCUGUUCCUAAGUGGCAUAAAUUCUUGCAAGUAUGCAUGUACAAUGGAAAAAAAUAAAAAAAUUCUUGUGUCACC